CCGUCGUCGUCGGGCCCUGGCCGCAGGGAACCGCUGCACGUCGGACGCGGCGCACCGGUUUUUCGAGGCAGGUCGCCCGGGGUCGGCGCACUUUGUGCCCUCCGAGGACCGGCCUUGACCGAGUUACCGGCGAAACGACUCUGACCAUCGCGAAACACGGAUCCUCGUGACCGAGGUUUUACGUAACCAGCGGCGGCUCGUGUGCGGUUUCGCCGGAGCAGGUUACGCUCGUCGGAGAGGGCAACCCGCGCUUCGUCAACAGCAACUGAUAUUAUUGUUGUCACUCGAACGAACGGCUCUUUCUGCGCGAUUUCGUCUCCUGCACCGCCGGCACCAGCGGAGGACGUCUCGCAAGGUGGCUGCAGCCGGACAGCUUCGUGGAUCCGUUAAAAUGCGACGUUCUGUACUCGAAGGACGAGAUGAAGUGCGAAUGGCCGGCGAUCGUCACUAUAUACACGAAGGACCAGUAUGGAGACGUUGUUCACGUGCCCAAUUUAAAGGUGGAGGUAAAGGCGGUCCCGAUCGAGAAGACAGCUUUAACGAACUCCGAGCAAGGGAAAGAAAUUCGACGAAUCUCUCAGCCGGAUCCGAUGACGUUCGGCGGACAUCCUCAACCUUCGCUGGACGUACCGUACGAGGUCACGGUUAACAACAAGACUUGCUUCUACGCGAUCACCAUUAUGAAGGCUUAUCAGAACUAUUCCUUCGAGGAGCUACGGUACAUGUCACCGGCCAUAAAAAGGGCAAGCGAGAGCAUGCUGGUCAGACCUAAUGGUGAUGGAAGCUACAGUGCUACCUGGACACCGUCGUUUGUCGGAUGGUACUCCCUAAUGAUCACAGUGGACGGAUACAACAUGGAGGACAACUACAAAGUGGAGGUGAAGGAAUCACCGCAGAGAAUGCAACCGCCUACACAGAACGUCGUGAAGAAAGCUCAGCACCAACCCAGCAGACUCAGAAAAUUCGUAGCGAAGAUCAGUGCAGGCCUCAGGAUCAGAGCCCACCCGUCACUGCAAAGCGAGCAAAUCGGUUUGAUUUCAGUGAACGAUACUAUAGCCUUCAUAGACGAGAUCCAUAACGACGAUGGCGUCUGGUUGAGACUGACCGCAGACACGAUCAAGCAGUACUGCAACAGCAGUCACCUAGAAGCCUGGUGUCUACAGUACAAUCAACACUUGGGCAAGACCUUGCUUCUUCCAGUUGAGGAACCGAAAUCGAUUUUAGAUCAAGUCAUCAAAGACACUGUUCUGCGCAAGAGGCCUGAAGUUGUCGAUGACAAAAGGAAAACGGUUACCUUCGACUCGGCCAAGACCAUGGUGGUCGUGAGGUGCGGUGCUUCCGGUCACAAUAUCAGGAGCAGACCAAAUUUAAAAGCUGCACCGGUGGGAAUAUUGGCGCCUGGCAACAGCGUCACUAUUCAAGAAUAUUUCGUGAACAGCGAAGGCACCUGGGUGCGCAUCGACGACGAGUCAAUGGGCAAGUACUGCUUCGACCGAGGUCGAAUCGCGGAGGGCGAGGCCUGGUCGCUCGCGAUUAGCAAACAGGGCGUGACUUACAUGAAAAUCGAGCCCGAUCUCGAGAACGAUGCGGCGGAAAAGAAACCGAUCAUAGCCGAUCCGUCCGUUUCACCUAGUCAUAAAGGUUUCGAUUUCUCCGUGCCUUCCGUGAGUCACGAGGGCUUUAAUUUCACCGCGCCGAAUUACACGGCGAGCACAGCGGAGCCUGGCGAAGGUAGCAACACGAAUCUCUUUAUUUUUGGUUCAUACAAUCAACAUGGUUCACCAGGAAGCGACAAGUCGACUCUGGAGAAGGCCGAUGUCUCGCCGAAAUUCUCGAAGCCGCAUUCGAAAGAGAGGGUGGUGAAGGAGAGGGAGAGAGAAGGUGGUGGCGGGAAGUUCAGCGUUCUCCAGAAGUGGUUGAGAGGCGACGACAAGUGUCACGGGGAAAAGAGGAGCUCGCCCGGCAGGGAUUUUUCCGAGUUCGUCGGUGUCUCCGUGAAGGAGCUGGUGAAGGCGAUCGGCGAGAGCCGCGCGAAUGGCAACGGUCCCACGUCACCGGAAACACCGAGACGAUUGUCGAGAAGCUCGUCGCCGAAGAAUCCCCAAGGUGGGUCACCACGAUUUAACAGCCCGUCCUCUAGCCCAGUUCAGAUACCCGCUGGGUCCAGUCGGCAGCCAGUUGGUUCUGGUAAUUGCCUCUUCCCUCCUGCUGCUCAUGCACCAGGUGGGAGAAGUUUGAUAGGAGGGGGAGAUAGUAUCAGUAGCAGCCCUGUGCUCUGCGGCUCCCCCCGGAGUGUCGGCCUCUCCCCAUUAGUUUCUGGUGGCAUGGUCGACAGCACAGCCACGUCACAGCGACGAGGAUCGACGCAAAGCGACACAAGUGCCUUGGUCAGUAGUAUAACGAGGGAUCCUUCGCAAUCACCCAGUGCUGUCAGCACAACUGCCAACACCCGCGACCUGUCCCAGAGCCCGAGCUGUAGUUCUUUACAAAUAAGAUCAGAGGGUAGUAUAGCCAGCCCUCCCGACACACCGAAAAAGGAUGGCACAGAUUCGCAGAGGAGUCCGCGGAAAAUGUCUCAGGCGCAGACGCAGACGAACCUCACGUUUCACUUCAGCAUCGGUUCCACCGGGCCAAAGGAAGAGCGUCACUUGCCCAAGCUGAGUCGACGGGAUCACACGAAGAUGGUGAAGACCAGAGCGAAAAGAGCGAUGUCUCCGGCAAGUUCCCAGCAAAGCCCGAACCCGAGUCGGACGUUGAACUUGAGCAAGGAGAAGGUGAAAGAGGCCAUCAGCCCAUCGGUAGCGGAAUGCCUUCGAGCCGUGUUCGCGGCGUUUCUUUGGCACGAGGGGAUCGUGCACGACGCGAUGGCCUGCGCCAGUUUCCUGAAGUUUCACCCUAGUUUGCCGAAGCAAGGAGCCCUCGUCGUGACCAGGCAGACGGUGCUGCAGUCGAACGACAAGGAAGAACAGGAGCAGAAAGCAAGGCAGAGACAUUCCGUGGAGGUGACCAACGCUGGCAACUACUUGCACAUCCAGCCGAGCACGUUGGAGACUCUGACGCGGUCUGCGGCGAACGCCAACGCGAACCGAAAUCGCAAGAAACAGGAGGUUCCAACGAAGGACGAGGGUCAGACGAACGGCAAGCUCGGCGCAGUUCCCGAGUUCCAAACUGUGGCGGUGCUGCCGCCGGCCUUGAAGAGCUUGGUGUUCCUGUGGGAGGAGCUCAGCACGAAUUGUCUGCAGGCUAUAGAGCAGCAGUCGGUCCUCCCGAGCCCGAUAUCGCAGGUGCAGACGGUGAAGUUGAGCAAACGACCGGUCCCGGAGAAACGACCCCGAGAAGAGAAGCUGAAGGAGCGCGAGAAGAAAGGGAACCGGAAGAAGAAAGAAUGGAAACCGGUUGGCAGAGGAAUCGGAUCCGAGGUGCUGGCCGGGAUAGAGAGAGAGACCAUCUGCGAGCUGUGCGGCUUGAUGUUCCCGCACCCGGUGACUUAUCACAUGAAAAUGAUGCACCCUGGCUGCGGAUGGCAAGCGGGAGGAAAAGGGUACAACAGCGGAGGGACCUAUUGCAUCGGCUGGGCAGGGAAUUGCGGCGAUGGUGGCGUGGGCGGAAGCUCUUGGUACCUAAUUUGCGACACGUGCCGCGACAAGUACCUGAGAGCACGGAAGCUCAAGCUGACCAAGAAGUUCUUGACGGGGAUCACGAAGCGGAAGAACGGCACCGGGAAGAUCCUGUCGCCUAUUUCCACUCCGAAUGGCAACGAGACGCAUAUCGUCAUGAAGAACAACGCUAUAUUCCUGCUGGAACUGGCCAGUGCUUCGGGACUGAACAUUCCGAAACAACAAAGACGACCGUCGCAAACGUUGUCGUCCGUCGCCGAGAACUACAGUCCUCCGGACACGGCGGGACCAUUUCCGCCGACCGGUCCUUUCCAGUGUCUACAAGCCCUCGGCGUUCAUCACUCUCAGAGUCACGACGAAAGGUACUACGAGGAGGCGUUGAGGCGGCAGAACGGCCAUCAGAAUGUUUACGACGGGAGCAGCGCUAUGUUCAACAGCACAAACGGAAGGCCAUUGUCCGAGUAUCCGAUGAGUGACAGCGACAGCGAGAGCGGCAAAGGUCGGGGCAUGUUUCAUCGAUCCGUAUCGAUGUCCACUGGAGCAUCCUGGGCCAGAAACACUAACGAUGGCAGGGUCGUCAUCAUGCGGAAAAGGAACAACAGUAGCAGCGAAAUGAAUAACAAUGGCGGCUUGUCCUUACUAUGCUAUCCGUCCGCCGCUCUACAAAAAUUGGUACCGUCGAUGGACCAAUCCGCGAUCGUAUCGACCAGCCAAACGGAAGCUGCGAAUAACGAUAGAAUAGAAAUCCUGAUGCGACCCGUGAUGCUUUUCGUUCUUCAGCAGCACAAUCUGCAGCAUUUACAGCUCGCCAUGAAACAGGCGUUGCGCCGCGCUUCUUGCCGAGUGUACGCGAUGCAAGCGUUAAAUUGGUUACUAAGAAGUGUUACACAACCGAUAUGCCUGCAUGAUUUGCUGUGGUGGUUUUCUGCUUCUCUGAUACCGGCGGUGUCACCUGAGCCCGUGGAUGCGACCGAAGAGGAGAAUCGAACCGAGAAAAGGGACGAACAUGACAUGAUCAACGUAUGCGAGCAUCCUUUAAGCGACUUGGUGAUAGCAGGCGAGUCUGUUAAUCCGUUGCCAACAGUUUUUCACACUUUAUUACAAACGAUUGCAGAUCUGAUGCUUCUACCACCCCUUGGCUCGCCUCUUCAACAAGCAGCUAUCCGGUGCUGGGGAAUCAAGUUCACCCCCGCGGAUCAUAUGUUUCUCCACAGAAGUCACGUGUUCAGUAACAUUAGUAAAAUCCUCUCGAGAUACGAAGAGGACGAGGACGUUACGACGAGCAUGCACGAGAGCCAUCAAUCGAUUCAUUCCCAGCAGAUAACUAGUUCCGUGGAGGUUCUGAAAGAUUUAACGCCCGGUAUUAAAAUCAAAGCCUCCAGUAGGCAAGCUAUGAUCGGGAACUUGACUGAUAAUUCAACAGAAACUUUCUGGGAGUCCGGCGACGAGGAUCGCAAUAAAACGAAGACAAUUAUUAUCAACUGCGGUGCCCAUUCUCUUCCUCGUAUGAUCUACAUUCACAUUGAUAACUGUCGUGACUUAACGCAUAAGGUAUCUAGCGUAACAUUUCAAUCUGGUAAUAAUGCCGACGAAAUGGUGAAACUGAGGACCGUGGAGAUCGAGAGUCGCUCAGCUGGUUGGAUCAAUUGUCCAGUCACCGAUUCACGGCACGUUGCGAUAGGUCUCGAACUGAAAGGCGCGGACAAUUCCUUGCGGGUCCGUCAAAUACGAAUUCUGGGCGAGAUCGAAGGAGAAACGAUGAAAGUUGGGAAACAGCUGAGUGCACAAAGGAUCCAACAGAGGAAUUGCGAAGCGGAAACAUUGAAAGUUUUUCGGCUGAUUACUUCUCAGGUAUUUGGCAAGCUAAUACAAGGCGAUCAACAGCAACAGCAACUAGAAUCUACAGAGGGUGCCAACGAGGACGUGGAAGACAGCAACGACCUUCGAGAGCACAUGGUUGGAAUUCUGUUUAGCAGCAACAAUCUAACGCAUCUGCAAAAGCAAGUCUGCACACAUAUCGUCGAGGCUAUUCGCAAAGAGACGAUUCGAUUGAAGGAAGAAUGGGAGACAGUGCUGUAUUCACCGACGCCAACUAAUAGUUUACUGAGCGACAACAGUGACCAAUCGAAGGCAGCCGAUACAUAUUGCUUCGAGAUGUUGUCUAUGGUGCUAGCCUUGAGCGGAAGCGCCGUUGGGCAGUAUUAUUUGUCGCAUCAAUAUGGAUUAUUGACUGACUUGUUGAGCUUGUUGCAUACUGGAUCAGCCAGAGUGCAGCGUCAAGUGACAGCUCUACUGAAACGUAUCUUACCAGAAAUUAAACCAGAGGUGCUAGCCAACGUAACCAGCGUUGGUCGACUGCCACCCACGGACUUCAGCAUCGUCUCUGUUGCGAACAAUAGCUUCACCCACAACGCGGAAUUCGACGAGAAUGCCCCGGGAAUAUUGGACGUUUUCCUAAGUUGCAUCGCCAAAUCGUUGACCGUUCAAGUCAAGGUGAAAGGAAAGGAGAACAACGGGAAAGCGUUGCAGACUGUUUCACUGGCUACCAGUAUUCACCCGAAACGUUACGUCGGGGCAAGAUGGUGGUUGAGAGGGACCAUGACUCGGAAACUAGCUGAAGUGAUCAUUCAACUUCUGAAGGACAUGGCAUCGGGUAAGCUGUCGGAAGAAUGGGCGUCCGUUACGAAGGCAGCCAUUGCCGAAAACAUUUUAAACCUCACCAGAUUAGACGAAACGAGCCGAGAACCCGCGGAAUGUCUUCGAACGCCAACAUUAUGGCUGGCCCUUUCAUCCUUGUGCGUUUUGGACUCUGAUCACGUCGAGAGAUUGUCCUCGGGCCAAUGGACUGGUUCGGAAGGACAACCACCGCCACCACGACCAACGUGCAAUAAUCAUGACGAUGGCGAGACAACAGCGAUCAUUCAAUGCAACGAUUGCGGAAAUCUGUGCGGGGAGUGCGACAGAAUCCUGCAUCUUCAUAGGAAAGCUCGCAUGCACAUUAGACAGGUGUGCAAAGAGGAGGAGGAGGCGAUACGCGUUGAUCUUCACGAAGGUUGCGGCCGGACGAAGCUCUUUUGGAUCUUAGCUCUGGCUGACAGCAGAACGUUGAAAGCUCUGGUAGAAUUCCGCGAUGGUACCCCGAGAAAACCGGUCGGGGCUACGUCAGGAAUGUGCAGAUUCUGCGGGAUCACCGGGAACACGGGUCUGCUAGCGAUAGGGAAUAUUUGCACGGACAACGACUGCCAAGAGCAUGCCAAGAACGCGUGCAGCAAGGUUCACUCUUGCGGGCACAUCUGCGGGGGUGUUCGCAACGAGAAGACUUGCUUGCCCUGUCUGCACAGGUGUCUGUCGGACAGCGAUUUGAAACAAGACGCCGACGACAUGUGCAUGAUUUGCUUCACGGAAGCUUUAUCAGCCGCGCCAGCGAUUCAGUUGCAGUGUGGCCACGUGUUCCAUUUGCAUUGCUGCAAGCACGUCCUUAUGAAGCGAUGGGUGGGCCCUAGGAUCACAUUCGGAUUUUCUCUUUGCCCGAUCUGCAAGAUCCCUAUGGAACAUCCGACUCUGGCCGAAGAACUGGCGAGCAUCAAGGAGCUUUACGAAGACGUCAGGAGAAAAGCUUUGAUGCGAUUGGAGUACGAAGGAUUGUACAAGACCGAAGCGGCCUUCGGACCAGGUGCAAGGUUCCAAGAUCCUGCUGCGUACGCGAUGGAGCGUUACGCGUAUUAUGUUUGCUACAAGUGUCAAAAGGCCUACUAUGGGGGCGAGGCGCGGUGCGACGCACAGGUAGGCGGGGAAACCUUCGACCCCACGGAAUUAGUGUGCGGAGGUUGCAGCGAUGUUGCAAGAGCCCAGAUGUGCCCGAAGCACGCGGCAGACUUUCUCGAGUAUAAAUGUCGUUAUUGUUGCUCGGUGGCUGUCUUUUUCUGUUUCGGCACUACCCAUUUCUGUAACCCCUGCCACGAAGAUUUCCAACGUGUCAUUAUCAUUCCAAAAAGCAAACUACCAUCGUGUCCUGCGGGACCUAAAGCAAAACAACUGGACGGGGAUGAAUGUCCAUUGCACGUGAAACAUCCGCCGACCGGAGAAGAAUUCGCGUUAGGUUGCGGGAUUUGCCGUAACGCGCACACCUUCUAAAGAUAUUCCAAAUAGAUGAAAGAGAACAGAAACUAUUUCAUAAUUUAUACUCGACAUGAAUGAGAAUCGGUGAUUCUUGUUGGAUCUUAACAAUACAACUAUAUUAUUAUAUGCAAGCAAACGGAUAUACAUAUUAUAUAGUUUGAUAUGCGUGUAUCACUAUUCGCAGUAAAGGCUGCCGUAUGUAUCGAUUUAUUGGGAAUUCUAAUGAUUAGAGCAACUGUGGAAUUGACGCAGUGUGAAACGAUGCAAGAGGAAUCAAAUAGUAUGAGCUAAUUAGCUGCAAAUCAUGAGUGAGAAACCGAUGAAGCGUGGAACUCUAAUACUUGUUAAGUAUUACGUAAGUCGUUUUUAUUCGUGAUUAAUAGAGAUUACCGAAACAAGUAGAGAGAAAGAAAGAGAGAGAGAGAGAGAGAGCGAGAGAGAGAGAGAAAGGGAGGGAAAAACGUCAAAGAAUGUUCUACGUGUAUUUAAAACUUCCAUGUGAAAGGAGAACAAUGAGCUUACAUGUGCGUAAGUCAUACAGAGUGUAGUGAUUCACUUGGUAAAUUAUUCUCGACAUAAGCGUUUAAUUUAAUAUAUACAUAACAAUAUAAAUAUAUAUAAUAUAAUUCUCUACGCUACUUAAGAACUAUUUAAUUAUUAUCGACAAUGAUCCUAAUAAGUUAUGUAUGUAGGUAAAUUAUGUAUGUGAAAGGAGUGUGUUAUUUGAAAUUUGUGAAUUAAAAUUGUGAAGAAUAGAGAAAUGAAAACAAACAAAAAAAAAAGAUUAAAUCGCGGUAAAAGAAAAGGGAGGUAUAUAGCACGCGUGCUAUAUUGAAUGAAUCUGUGCUCGAAUCGGCGUUGUUUAAGAUUCACAUAAAACUCUGCAUUUGUCGUCUUUGAAAUUAUCAUUUGUUUUUGUACUUUUCCAAAGGGAUAGUGUGCGCACCGACAUGCCUCCGGGCGUUAUUUAUUUAAUCGUCAGUGUAAUUGCCUUGAACUACAAUGCGUUGUUCGCGAAGAUGUUAUAGAAUCAUUGUGUAUAUUCAUAUAUGAAUGAAAUGUGUGAAUGAUCAGCGCGCGUUAAGCGAUUGAUCGUUAAUAUUUGUGUUUCGAUCUUGUGCAGAUUAAAUGAAAGUAAUGAUUGGAAGACACGUAA